GGCGCCCGUGGCGGUUUGGUUUGGGCUCAUGUCAUGUCGCGACAGAAGAACCCAAGUUACAAGGCCCAUGGACUGCCAAAAGGAAAAGAGCGAGAGCAGAGAACGUUAAUCCGGUUCAAGACCGCACUCAUGAACACUCUGGUGGACGUCCUGCGCCACAGGCCUGGAUGGGUAGAAGUGAAGGAUGAAGGCGAGUGGGAUUUCUAUUGGUGUGAUGUCAGUUGGCUUCGGGAGAACUUUGACCACACCUACAUGGAUGAGCACGUGCGGAUCAGCCACUUCCGGAACCACUACGAGCUCACCAGGAAAAACUACAUGGUAAAGAACCUGAAGCGGUUCCGGAAGCAGCUGGAGCGCGAGGCAGGAAAGGUGGAGGCCGCUAAGUGUGACUUCUUCCCCAAAACCUUCGAGAUGCCCUGCGAGUACCAUCUGUUUGUGGAGGAGUUCCGCAAGAACCCCGGAAUCACUUGGAUCAUGAAGCCUGUUGCCCGAUCUCAGGGGAAGGGCAUCUUUCUCUUCCGGAGACUGAAAGAUAUCAUGGACUGGAGGAAGCGCACUGCCACUGCCUUGAAGAAACCCACCAGUGUGGAGGCGCAGCCUUCCCGUUCCAGUGUGAACCCCUCAGGUAGCCAUGAUGCAAGGAGUUCCGAUGACCAGAAAGAGGAGGUACCAGUGGAGAACUACGUGGCUCAGCGUUACGUGGAAAACCCUUACUUAAUAGGAGGCCGAAAGUUUGACCUUCGAGUCUAUGUGCUGGUGAUGUCGUACAUCCCUCUGCGGGCUUGGCUGUACCGCGAUGGCUUCGCUCGGUUCUCCAACACUCGAUUCACUUUGAAUAGCAUUGACGACCACUAUGUUCACCUCACCAAUGUUGCCGUGCAGAAGACAUCUCCAGACUACCACCCCAACAAGGGUUGCAAGUGGAUGCUCCAGCGCUUCCGGCAGUACCUGGCAUCCAAGCACGGUCCCGAGGCGGUGGAGACGCUCUUCCAUGACAUGGACAACAUCUUCAUCAAGAGCCUGCAGAGCGUGCAGAAGGUCAUCAUCAGCGAUAAGCACUGCUUUGAGCUGUACGGCUACGACAUCCUCAUUGACCAGGACCUCAAGCCAUGGCUUCUAGAAGUCAAUUCAUCUCCUUCGCUGACGGCCAGCAGCCAGGAGGACUAUGAACUCAAGACCUGUCUUCUGGAAGACACCCUGCAUGUGGUGGACAUGGAGGCCAGGCUCACAGGAAGGGAGAAGAGAGUCGGGGGCUUCGACCUCAUGUGGAAUGAUGGCCCUGUCAGCAGAGAGGAGGGGUCUUCUGACCUAUCAGGGAUGGGAAACUUUGUGACCAACACUCACCUAGGCUGCAUCAACGAUCGGAAGGAGCAGCUGAGGCAGCUGUUUCGGUCCCUUCAAGCGCAGAAGAAAACUUCUGGCUGACUGCGGCCAGGAGGAACGAGGCCCUGGCAGGUGCCACCCUGGCCUCUUGUAGCAAGAUUCCAGCACAGUGCACCGAUCUUUCCCUCCCUCUGGCCUGGCACCAUUUUACUGGACAGGCAGCCUCAGCUUGCUACUUGGAUCAGACUCCCUACUCCAGCCCCAGGCAUCUUUAAACCAGGAACAUCCAAUCUUUGGAACUGAGUGGGCUCAUCUUUGACAGGCUGGUGACUAG